AUGUCUUCAAAAGCGAAAUCGAUAUUUUCCAAGCGCCCAAUUAAAGUGGUCGCAGGCAGCGAGGAAAGCGUCUAUUAUCUUCAUCAUGGCGCGCUUGAAGCCCACCCCGCAUUUGAGGCCCAAAUAAAGUCAGCCACCGAUGACUAUAUGUCCCAUAUUGAUUGGUCUGCUUUUGAUGAGCAGACCGUCGAAUGUGUUCUGAGCUUCUUAUAUACCGGUGGCUAUGAGGCUCCAGAGAUCUCGGCCGAGGUUGCCGAUGAUGCCGAUGGCGCCGAAGCGGAGGAAGAGGCUGCCGCGGACGAGGAAGUUGUCGAGGAUGCCGAGGACGCCGAGGAAGAUCCAGCCAUAGAAGGCUCCGAGACCUCCGUCACCUCGCCAUCUCCGACCUUUUCAGACAGCGACCUCAACGAACGGCCAUUGACCCCCUUGGCACACUGUUGUGGUGUUAAUCUUCCAGAAUCUGCAUCUUUGAAGACCCCCGAGACUGAAAAGGAAGAGGAAGAGGUCACGCCCGAGAACAAUGAACCUUCUCCCGCCGAGAUCUACCUCCACACGAAGGUCUACUGGUUUGCUCAUCAGCUCGAGUUUGCCAACUUGAAACAGUACUCCCUGAACUCUUUGGCCAAGGUCUUGGUCGAUCUGGAGCAAUCCGAGAAGGAUCUCUUCCCGUACCUGGCUGAUGGAAUCCGGUUGAUCUAUACUACCACCGAAGCUACCGAUGAUGCGAGAUACCUGCUGUCUCAAUUCGUGGCCAUCAAAUAUGCCACCCUUGUUGGCGAAGAAUUCGACCAGCUCACGUCUGAGGGUGGUGAAUUCAUGGUCGAUGUAUCUCACAAGCUUGCUCGGAAGCUGACAUCGUUAACGAGCACCUUCCAAGAGAAAUAUGAGGAGCUUGUCAGAAGGAACCAGGAGCUUGAGACCGAGAGUAGCGAGAAAGAGAAAGAGCUAGAGACGUUGAAGGAGGAGGCAAAACAGUGGAAAGCCCGAGGGGACAGUGACCCUGCGCAGAAAUAUCCAGCGUUCACUUAUCAGAUCUGA